GGCCUCUCCGCCGCGAAAAAGCCGCAAAAAACGCCGUCUUCGCGCGGCACGUUUGCGGGUCACGACACAAGGUAAAACGACCGAAGACAGCGAACUGCUUGGCAGCGAAUCAAAACCGCGCACGAAACCUGUAGCAACAGUUUCACAGCUCUGUGCCAAGUAGCUCCUACAAAACCAAGGACCAGCGCACGCGCAACCAUGUCCCAGUGGACCGUCGCCAGCGACGACACUGAGGAAGAACCCCAGACGCCGCGCCUCACGCCCGAUCAACUAAGAAAGGCGCAGGACGACGUCCGCGCGUGCUACCUGAGCGCGAAUCCAGAGAAGCUCGCGUCCGGAGAGGUCGAAGCGCUGCUCAAGAAGUACGCGGGCCAGGAAGCUUUGUUAUUGCAGCGCGUGCGCCACCGCUAUGGGUUAUCUGUUAUUAGUGCGCGCAUGUAUAAGCGAGGUGAAGUGGGAAGGGCCUCGCAGUGGAGCGCGGUGGACGUCGAUUUAAGGGCGGACGGGUGUUUACGAUGGGCCGCCGUCGGAUCGCGGGAGAAGGGGUCCAUUGAUGUGCGCGAGGGCCGCGCGGACGCGUGGGACAAGAGGACCGCCGGCCGUAUUGGUGCAUUUUGUGUCUUCGGCUCGUCCAUCGAAGAAGAGGCGAAGGACAUGAAGCUGACGCUGGCCUGUUCGACGAACGAGGACCGGGACGCGUGGGUCGCCGAGGUUAUGAGUCUGAGGCGGUUUUUUAAGAGAUUACACCGAGAGCGGGCCUGCCAGGCCGAGGAGGCGAAAGCAGUGGAAGAGGCCAUGAAGGUGUCGCAGUCGACGGCAGAGCAGGACCAGCAGCGCCACUUGGAGUAUGAAAGGAGGCUGCGGGAGGAAGAAGAGCGGGCCCUCCAGCUCUCGCAGGAGGAGAAGCGCACCGAGGACGCCGAGCGGUCGCGGCCCCAAACGCUCGCCGGCCUCGAAGCAUCGUUGGACGACGCUUUAAGGCACACGGCUGAGGGUAGAGACCACGAAUCAAGAGAGGACUGGCGCGCGGCCCACGGAUCAUAUAAGAAAGCGGUGGCGGCCUUCGUCCAGGCGAAGCGGGCCGUGGCGGGCAUGCCGGGCGACCAGCGGCCCGAGGACGCCGUGCUGGAAUUGAUCGCGUCGGGUACCGCGCAGUGCAAGGAGGCCGCGGACGCGUGCCGGCAGCGCGGGCGCAGCGCCGCGCUUGGCGCGGUGCCGCUCCUGGACGCGCCGCGGCGGCACCCGGUCGAGGAGCUCGAGAAGGUCGUGCUCGACGCCGACGACGUCUAGUCUCUUUUUGUGUAAAGACCGAUCACCAUCG